AUGAAGGGAAAUUUAUUUUGUCUUCUUAUUGUUUCAAUAACAUGUGGUGGAUUUGUAUUUUAUUUCGACCGUUGGGAAGAAAAAGCUUUUCUCACUUUCGUGGUUGGUUUCUUUAAAUCUCUGCGUGAACGUGAAGUGAAGAGCCCUACCAGAAAUAAUUCAAUUUAUAACUUACCUAAAGAUUUUCUUAUCGGAACAUCUUCUUCUGCUUAUCAAAUUGAAGGUGCAUGGAAUGAAGAUGGAAAAUCCCCUUCAAUUUGGGAUGAUUUUGUUCAUUUCCAUGAGAAAUCUGUCGACGAUCAUUCUAAUGGAGAUGUUAGCAUUGAUUCGUAUCAUCAUAUUAAAGAAGACUGCUUUGAAACUUAUUGGAAUGUAUUUAUUUUAUAUUUUCCAAAGUUUCAGCAUUAUCGCUUCUCCGUGUCAUGGACGAGAAUUCUGCCAAAUGGAUCUGCCGUUAAUGAUAAAGGAAUUCGAUAUUACACAAAGUUAAUUGAUACUUUAAUAUCUAAUGGAAUAGAACCGAUGAUUACAAUAUUUCAUUGGGACAUCCCAAAAUGGUUACAAGAUCUUGGUGGGCUUACAAAUCCAAUAUUUGUUGAUUAUUUUACUGCUUAUGCUGAUGUUUUGUUUCAUCACUUUGGAUCUAAAGUAAAAAACUGGAUGACUGUAAAUGAACCAUUCAAUUUGUGCACCAUCGGUUAUGGUUCAAAUGAGUGGGCACCAGGAAUUGUCUCACGAGGUGUUGGAGAAUAUCUCUGUGGCCAUCAUUUAUUACUCUCGCAUGCUUCUGCUUAUCAUCUUUACAAAAAUAAAUAUUUCAUGAAACAAAAAGGAUCGAUCGGGAUUACUUUGGAUAGUCGCUUUUAUUAUCCAAAAAAUUCUUCAGUUACCAAAUUUGAUCUUCAAAGGGCUCAAGAGUAUCGACUUGGUUGGUUCGCUCAUCCAUUGUUCAGUGAAAGUGGAGGCUAUCCAAAUGUAAUGGUGAAUGAGAUUGAAAUUAGAAGUAAGCUUGAAGGGCGAUCAUUUUCUCGUUUACCAAAAUUCAGUAAUCAAGAGAAAGCUUUUAUUCGGGGAUCUUCAGAUUUUUUUGGACUAAAUUAUUAUACAAGCCGAUUAUUAAGUGUCGAUAAAACAGAACAUGAUCCCUUAGAAUCACCAGCCUGGUUUAAAGAUUCACGCAGUCUCAUUGAUGUUAACUCUACGUGGAAAUGUGCGAAAUCCUCAUGGCUUUAUAACGUCCCAGAAGGUUUAAGAGAUCUUCUAGUUUGGAUAAAAGACGAAUAUAAUAAUCCGCCCGUUCUUAUCACUGAAAAUGGUUGGAGUGAUGAAGGUGAACUUGAAGAUAACGGAAGAAUUGAAUAUAUCAAUGCACAUCUAAAGGAAUUAUCAAAGGCAAUAAACAUCGAUGGUUGUAAUAUUAUUGGAUACACUGCUUGGAGUUUGUUCGAUAGUUUCGAAUGGAAUCGUGGAUUUAUUGAGAAAUUUGGACUUUUUUCUGUGAACUUAACGAGCCCACUAAAAGAAAGAGUUCCUAAGAAAUCAGCUUAUUUCCUCCAAAAAUUAAUAAAAGAAAGAAAAUUAAGUUAA